UAGAAGACAGCUAUAAAAGGAAGACCCCACUGUAUGUUACAUCAAUCGAUUAUAGAAAAGCAUUUGAUUCCGUGAAAAGAAGUGAAAUGAUAAGAGCUUUGAUGGCAUAUAAGAUCCAUCCAAAAGUUAUAGAUGCCGUAGCAGAUAUAUACCAAGGAGACUCUACACUGAUCAACUUGAAUGAGAGCACAACAGAGGAAAUGGACGUGACAAGUGGAAUUCGACAAGGAUGUACCGGUUCUACAGCAUUGUUCAAGAUUGUUACGUAUAUAAUCACCAAAGAAAUACAGGAGACAACGCUUGGGUUCAGAAACAGGAAAUUCUACAUUCCAAUACUGUUCUUUGCAGACGAUGGACUAAUAUUAGCACAUUCACUUCAUGAAACACAACUGCUGAUCAAAGUUCUAACCGAAGUGAGUAAGAAGUGUGGUCUGGAUAUUAACAAGGAUAAAAGUGCUGUAUUGGUAUUCAAUUGCAAGGAACAACCAGCUGAAGUAGAAGGAAUACCGACAACAGACAAGUUGAAGUAUCUGGGUAUAAGGAUUGGAAAUCAGCGAAACAUGUUCAAGGAGCAGAAACAGCAGAUGAUAGAAAAAGCUCAAAGGAUGGCAAACAUGACUUAUGGGGUGAUCGCGAGAAGUUGCAACAAGCUCAUGAUAGGAAAAACAUUCUGGAAGAGCCUUGCUCUACCAUCCAUUUUGUAUGGUGCCAACAUAUUCUACAUAACGGAAGAAGAGGUAAAGAAACUGGAAAUGAUAGAAAACGGAGUAUAUCGACAGAUACUCGGUGCACCGAGAUAUACCGCCAACUGUGCCCUCCGGGGCGAAAUUGGAGCUUCGACGAUGAAAACAAGAGUUAUGAAAGGGCAUCUACAGUAUGUUAGAAGCACUCUUCAAGGAAAUAACCAACUAUUGAAGGAAGUAAUAGAAACUCAAUUAGAAGAGAAGAGUACGAAAUGGGCAAAAAUGAUCAACGCGCACCUAGAAACGCUAAACCUAAGCCAAAAAGACCUGAGAGACUUGAAGAAAGAAGAACUUAACCAAAAUAUGAUCAGGUGGGACGAUAAAAGAUGGAAAGAGGAAGUAGAGACCAAAACAAGUCUGAGGAUAUACAAGAGAUGGAAACUGAAGGUAAAAGAAGAUGAUGUAUAUGACAACACCCCACAAUCAAGAAUCCUCUUUCAAGCAAGAACGAACACUCUCCCUCUGAACUCUAGGAAGAGGUUUACAAAAGAGAAAACAAACUGUGUUCUGUGUGAUGAACAAAAUGAGGAUCUAAAACACUUCUUGUUGGAAUGUCCAAUAUCGAGUGAGAUUAGAGAGAAAUGUCCCGAACUGCAACAGCCAUACUGGGAAGAUAAAGAAGAAGUCAUUAUGAAAUUUCUAUUUGAUGAUAAUAGGAAACAUAUGGAAGAUAAGAAACAAAUUCUAUACAGCAUGUGGAAGUUAAGAUAUAGAAGGCAAAAAGAAAAAGAGCUCAAUACUAUCAUGCACCCCAUACCAACUCAUAGCGCGAUAGCUUAAGUACAGUUUAAAAGAAUAGGAGGAGCCGUUGCAAAGGCAAAUCCUCUAAACCAUCAUCAUCAUCAUCAUCAUCAUCAUUUAUAUACACUGUGGCUUUGACCUUUGUUUUGAUUUUGAUUUUCGCUUUUGAUCCAGUCAUCUGAAUCUGAGUCACUGAAUAUCGAUCAAAGGAAUUGAUCGUUCCCUUUCGCCUGGUCAGAGUUCAGAAGAAAUUGUUAUGAAUUGCUUUGGGCUCCUGAAGCCCUCUUAAUUUUGAUUUCAGUUUCAAUUUUGGUUUCUAACUUAACUCAAACUUUUGUAGGUGUCAAGUUCUGGCCUGUGUCGGCGGAGGGCAUUGUCUCCUGCCUGCGCCCAAUGCUCUUUUUCUCUCUAUAUCUCUAACUCUGAGACUCAACAUCCAUCUGAAAAUGAACGGUAUGCUGCUGGGCCAAUUUCUGUACACCAAGCUGAACGACUAUGUGCUGAAGCUGAGCCGAAAUAAGCUGGUGCACCGUCUGCUGACGGACGGUGAUCGCUGCUCCCGCGCCGGGCCCCGAGGUCGGCCCACGCUCGAUCCUCCGAGUCGCACCUACCACCGCGUGCUUCUGAAACAGCCGCCGCCGCCGCCCGUAGCGGUCUCGAACCCCGUCGUCGCUUGGACUACAGUCCUGAGGCAACAGGUGCGCUGGGUGACGCGGCAGCUGGUGGGCAGUCUGGUGAACCCCUCCAGCCGGCUGCUGUCGCGCCAGUGCAAGGAGCUGGCUCAGCGUCUCCUCUUCUCCGGCGGCACCCACACCCUGGUGGCGUUUGUUGGCAUCACCCUGACCGGAGAUGACGGACUCGUCACCAAAGCGGACCGCAUGGAGGUGCUCUGCGCAGAUAUCAAGAAGUUUGUGCGCGACAUGCACUGGCCCGACUGUGACCCGGAGCCGUCUGACUGCCACGCCAACGUCGAGACACUCCACGACAUUGAGAUCAGCGACGAGAUCGCCAAGGGAUGCAACGCCGUCGUCUAUAAAGCCCGCAUCAAAGGCACUGGAGAUGCUCGCUGGAACCUGGCUCUGAAGAUGAUGUUCAACUACGACGCCGAGAGUAACGCCUGGAGCAUUCUGCGCGCCAUGCACCGCGAGGUGGUGCCGGCUCCCUGGUAUACCGUCACUGAGGAGGUCCGACGCCUGGUCACAGGCGUGGGACUGCGGCUGGCCGACCUGCCGCCCCACCGGAACAUCGUCGACAUCCGAGCCGUGCUGGUGGACCGCGUACCGCUGGUGGGUGGCGCUCUCUCCAGCUACCCGGCCGCGCUGCCGGCGCGACUAAACCCGGACGGAGCCGGCCGCAACGCCAGUCUCUUCCUGCUCAUGAAACGGUACGACGGCGACCUGCGCAGCCUGCUGGCCCAGUGUCCGGAGCUGUCUGCUCACACCCGGCUGCUGCUGCUCACUCAGCUGUUAGAGGGUGUCACCCACCUGGGACAGCACCGCGUGGCGCACAGGGACCUGAAGACGGACAACCUGCUGGUGGACACGUCGGCGGGCCGGCAGCAGCCACAGCUGGUCAUAUCCGACUUCGGCUGCUGCCUGGCUGAGACCAGCGGCGCGCUGACCGUGCCGUUCACCUCGUGGGACGUCGACCGCGGCGGCAACCUGGCCCUGAUGCCCCCCGAGAUCUCUGGCGGCCGGCCGGGCCGGUUCGCCUCCCUGGACUACAGCCGGGCGGACGUCUGGGCGGUCGGUACCAUCGCCUACGAGAUCCUGGGCUGCACGAACCCGUUCUACGGGCCGGACCGACUCAACAGCGCCACGUACUCUGAACGUGACCUGCCGCCUCUGCCGGCCUCCGUCCCGGCGCUCCUGCGCUGCCUGGUGGAGGAUAUGCUGCGACGCGACCCGGCGCAGCGUGUGUCUGCGCGCGCAGCGGCCACCAUCUGCCAGCUGAUUCUGUGGGCGCCCAAAGCGUGGUUCGCCGCGCCUCCCUCUCACAAACAGAUUCGGCAGUGGCUUCUCACACUGACCGCCAAGGUGAUGUGCGAGUGGCGCAGCCGCACGGAGCGCGACGAUCGGCUGGAGCACGUGCUCGUGCACACUCUCCUCUGUCGUCUCACCUAUGCCGACCUGAGCGAGGCCCUCCGCUGGCUGCAGCGACACGUCUGAGGCCGGUCGGCGAGCUGAAUCAUCUGUGAUAGAGCACACUGAGGUGUCGGCGGUGGAUCGCACGGCGCCCCGACAGCGGCGGUCAGUGGUGCACGGAUCGGGUCGGGGCGCAGCCGGCGCUGCCAUGGAGCCGAGUCAACGGCAGGCAAGUGAACUGUGUGUGCCAGGUGUGAAUGGAACCUGGCUUGGUGAUAGCGUUUCCGACGUGAUCUGUACGGUCUCUAAGGGAUUUAGAGGCCCACCUAGAUAACUCCUUAUGCUAACUCAUCAAUGUUUGCUGUAGAAGGUCCACGGAUAGGCAUUACGGAGGCGCGAUGUUGCUAUCCAGUAGGCUAACGAAAUCCCGAUUUAUCUGAUGCAGCAAGCGUAUAUUUCUGGAACUCUAAAUCCUUUAUUGUGUACAUUUAUAUUCAGAUUGGAGUCAAAAUCAUUAUAUAGGCCAGUUAUUCUAUGUUAUGUUUGUGGACACGAGUACAUCGUUAGGUAAAUUCGAGUAGCCGCUUUCCCUGGUUAGGCCGUAGUGACUGGUGGUCGGGCCUGUAUUACCACAGGAGCACUGUGGGAGCACUGUGGCAUAUAGUCGCUACCUAUCGGUGCUGGUCCAUCUGCUAGGGGUGUUAUCCGUUCCCAGGAGGUGGACACCAAGCUGUCUGUGUCCUCACUCGUCCCCGUGCAUAUAGGUGCGAUCGAUGUAGCUUUACCUGAUCUGAUCAGCAGUUUUAUCCCGAGUUGUGAGGCUGUCGCGCGUGUGUCGUCUUUAUUAUUCAUGUCGCAUUGUGAAAUGAUAUUUUAAUCCCACAAGGAACCGUGGGGCUGAAAUUCGAGAGACAAGCGUGUAUCAUGUAUCAGCAAUUUCGGAGUGUGUCGAAGAAUACAAGGUUUCACAGACAACA